AUGUCUAAGAUCGAGAAGUUCAACCAGUUGUUAAACUGUCUUCGAGGACCAGCCCUUGAAACGGUUCGAGCUUUCCAGGUGACCGCAGACAACUACACAAAGGCUCUGGACCGCUUAAAGCAGCGCUAUGACAACCCGACUCUCGUAUUUUUGGAUAACAUAUCGUCACUCUUCGCAUUGCCAACUGUCGCCAAGUCAAAUGGUCAGCAGUUGCGCAGCCUAAUCGAUAAUGCAUCCGCAUUAUACAACUCGUUGCGUUCGUUGAGCACCGAGCCACAGAUUUGCGAGGCCAUGCUCAUCUCCAUAGUUAUGGGCAAAGUGGACCAGGAGACUAAGAGGAAGUGGAAUAAGUCGCUGGACUACACUACGUUGCCUUCGUGGGACAAAUGCGUUGGAGUCGUUGAACGUCAUUGUCAAUAUUUGGAAUCGGAUAAGAAGCCUCCUGCUGAAGCCCCUAUGAGUCAACCAGGUGGCCAUAGGUCGCGCUCGCAGAGGAAUCAGGCAAGUCUGUCCUUCAAUUGCACCACACAAACUUGUAACAUCUGUUCACAGACAGACCACAAGACCUUUAGAUGCCCAGAACUUAUCAAUCUCGCCCUAGAUAAUCGCCUCAAUGCACCAACUGCCCGUCGACGCGGAGGUGCCACUCAUGUGCACUACCGCAUCACUCGCUGCUUCAUCGGCCAUCGCCAGGAUCGGCCGCAGCUCCCUUGCCACUCCCUCAAGCGGAGCCUGUACAAGUUUCGGACGCAGUCGCGCAUACUCACACGGAGUCUCGUUCCGACUGUGAAUUUCAUAUCCGAGGAGUUUGCCCAAAGACUUCGACUGCCACGGAGCAAGCUCAACCUCGAGAUUCGUAGCAUUGAAUCGGAAAUUGACAUUUCUGCGUGGAACUUUCCGCAGCACUCAUCUCUUGCUGACGAGAGCUUUAACAAGUCUCGUCGGAUCGAUCUGCUUUUGGGGACGGAAACCUUCUUCGAUAUAUUGGCAGUUGGCCAAGUUAAAUUAGGAAAGGAUCUGCCCGUACUACAAAAAACACUACUUGGAUGGAUAGUGUCUGGUCGAUGUCGAGCUUAUCCCAGAACACUCCAUCAGUACUCAUCUAUCGCAUUAACAGAAAUUGACCAAAAAAUGGAACGGCUAUGGCGCAUCGAUCAUGUGGAGCCUCCUGAGAUCACACUUACGCCAGAGCAGCGAAACUGUGAAGAGUUCUACACCAAAACGGUACGACGUAAUUCAGAUGGUCGAUUGGAAGUACGACUUCCAUUUAAAGAUGAACCUACCGUUCUCGGAGCCUCAUUCGACAUUGCCAAAAGGAGAUUCCUCUCCCUCGAACGCAGCCUAUGCAAAAGGCCUGAGUUAAACACUCCGCAUUAUUAUAUUCCGCACCACUGCGUGCUCAAGCCUAAUAGCACAUCAACAAAGCUCAGAGUGGUUUUCGACGCAUCCUGCAAGACGACGUCCCAGAAAUCUCUCAACGACAUUCUGAUGGUCGUGCCGACCAUUCAGCCAGAUCUUUAUACACUACUCCUGCGUUUUCGGAUACAUCGCUAUGCCAUCACUGCUGAUGUGGUCAAGAUGUUCGCAGUCACAUGUUUGCCGAGGAUCGCAGAUUUCAAUACAUCUUGGAGAGCGUCGCCAUCGCAACCAUUGAGCACCUUCGAAUUGAAUACUGUUACAGAUGGCUUCCAAAUGCUAAAGGUCGGAGGGCGCCUGGAGCUAGCAGACUACCCAAAAACCCAAAAGCAUCCUGUGCUGCUCCCAGCUAAGGAUCCAUUGUGUCACAGUUCGCUCGCCAUCUUCAUCUACAGAACUAUCACGCCGGGCCACGGACGCUCGUCGCUUUAA